AUGCAAAGUCAAAGCUCAAGGAAGCUGCCAUCUCAGGUAGUAGUUAACUCUAAUGUUGGCACCCAGCAGAAUCCUAACAAUGGUGGAGUUAAUACUAUAUCUCUCAGAAGCAGAAAUUCAAUUACCUCCGCAGAUCCUAUCACUACUUAUGCUUCAAAGGAUGAGAAAGCUAUCAUUAAAAAUUCUCCCCCUACUUCCAUAUCGCAUAAUAAGUCCACUUUAUCAAAACCACAUGUGGAAUUGCAAGAAGAGCAACAAAAAGAUGGGGAAGAGAAGAAAGUGAGUGAGCAAGUCUUACCUUUUCCUAUAGGGGUGAUUAGAGCUGGAAGGAGAAAGAAAGAAACUAAGAUGUUCAAAGAGGUUUAUGAUAUCUUUAAAAAGGUGGUGAUCAAUGUUCCAUUAGUUAAUCUAGCUGUACAAGUGCUUAAGUAUGCAAAGUUUUUGAAGGAGUUGUGUAUCACCAAGAGAAGGUUUAAGCAUGAUAGGAAAGUUGACUUAUGGGUGGUUGUCUCUUCUCUUUAUCAAAUGCCAAUGCCAAUGAAGUGCAAGGAUCCUGGUAGCUUUCUCAUACCUUGCACCAUUGGCAACAUUGAGUUUUCAUAUACUUUAGCAGAUCUAGGAGCAGUUAUCAAUGUCAUGACAAAAUCAGUUUUUGCUCAACUGCAAGGUGUGGAUCUUAAGCCUACAAAUCUAAUUGCUUCCCUUGCUAAUAGAUGCUGUGUAGUUCCAGAAGGAGUCUUGGAGGAUGUCUUGGUUAAGGUAAAAGAUCUCAUAUUUCCUGCAGACUUCUAUGUUCUUGAUAUGGAUGAUGCUAGAUUUAGGCAAAAGGGACAUUCAUCUUUGAUUUUGGGUAGACCAUUUCUUAAGACUGCUAGGGCUAUGAUAGAUGUGCAUGCUGGUACUCUUACUAUGGAAUUUGCUGGUAAAAUCAUUAGAUUUGAUAUGCUUGACUCUAUAAGAGAUCCACCUGAUAGCUGUACUGAGAUUGAUGUUAGUUUUAUUGAUGUUAUCACUGAUAAUACUGUCAUAGAUUUUAGAGAUAAUGCAAUUGAUUCAUCUUUAUUACCUGAUUCUAAGCUGUUAGUUAAUAUUGAUCAUGUCCGUGAUAUAGAGAUCUUUGAUUUUGACCCCGAUGUUGCUUCUGACAUGA